UCGUCAUUCGUGGUACACAAAAAUUAAAAAAAGACCACUGCCAAGUCUUACGUCUAUUAAAUUAGAAUUUGAUGCGUUUUUGGUUAGAAAAUAUUUACUUAUAUAUAACACAUACUUGGUCAUAAUUAGCAAUAAAACUCCAACUUUCUGUUCUUAUUCUUGGAACUCAGAUAUCUAUUCCUCCAACAAGCCUUGCUAAAGAAGAACACAGCACAAAUCUCCAGGAAUAGAAGUCAAAGCUAUAUGGAAGACAAGAAGGAAGCCAAAAUAGAUAUGUGCAUGGCAGAACCAGACUGGAGCAUACAGUACACGAUUGGUGCAAGCAUGAGGAUGAACGGUGGAAUAGAUGAGAAGAAGAAGAAGAAGAAAGGGUGGACCAAAAUAAAGGAAAUUCUAAUGCAAAAGAGCUGGCUUCUUCCAAUGUGGAAUAAGAUAUUUCUUUUGGUUUGUGUUAUUGCUGUUACAUUAGACCCUUUGUUCUUCUAUAUUCCCGUAAUAGACAACACAAAAUAUUGCAUUAAGAUUGACCAGAAGUUGAGAAAUUCAGCUCUAAUUUUAAGAUCAUUAAUGGAUAUUAUCUAUAUCAUAGAUAUUAUUUCUAUCGUAGCUAAAACCUAUGAGUCACUAAAAAAAGAUCAGAUAGCUACGAGUGUUUCGGCAGUAGCAAAGAAUAUCUCUUGGUCUCUCAUCUUCGUUGACUUUCUGGCCAUUCUACCAGUUCCUCAGGUAAUAAUUUUAGCUUUUAAUGAAGGGAAUGAGACCUCGGGAUCUUCUAGCAAAAAAUUGCUAAACACUAUUCUUCUCUCUCAAUAUUUACCAAGGGUUAUUCGAAUCUACCUAUCAUGUAAAGAACUUUCACGGAACCAAGAUUCAGUGACUAGAAUUGUUUGGGUUAAGGGUGGACUAAACUUUUUCCUCUACAUCCUUUCUAGUCAUGUGUUCGGAAGCUUUUGGUACUUUUACUCUUAUCAAAGACAAGCCUCAUGCUGGCAAAGUGCUUGUAAAACACAUGGAGAGAAAGCAUUAUGUGAAAAGUUUGAAAAUAAUCAAAUUUGUAAUAAUGGCACGAGCAAAUUAGAACAAAGAAAUAUGAGCAAUCUGAUCGCUACAUACUGUCCAAUAAAUCCGGGGAAUGCAACAAUCUUCGAUUUUGGGAUAUUUCUUGAAGCCCUUGAAUCUGGUGUGCUAGAAUCCCAGGAUUUUCCUCAAAAGUUCAUGAAAUGUUUUUGGUGGGGACUACGAAAUCUCAGUUCGGUUGGUCAAAACCUCGAAACAAGUAGCUAUUUUUGGGAGAACUGCUUUGCCAUUUCUAUUUCUAUCAUUGGCUUGUUACUCUUCUUGUAUUUAAUUGGAAACUUGCAGACAUAUUUGCAGUUGGCAACUACAAAAUCAGAAGAGUUAGGAGAGAAGAUGAGAUUGAAAGAACAAGAAAUAGAAUUUUGGAUUGAAAAAAAUGGUCUACCAAAGGAAGAAAAGGCUUUAAUUAUGCAAAAAGUCAAACACAAGUUGAAGGAAAAUAGAGAAGUUGAUGUUGAGAAUCUGCUUUCUAUACUUCCUUCCGAAGAUAGAAAGCGUAUAAAGCAUCUUUUGUGCUUCCCUUUGCUACAAAAAGUUCCAAUGCUUGAAAAUAUGGAGAGGGAAAUACUUGACAUGAUUUGCGAGAAUCUUAUGCCUGUAAUCUACACAGAGAGUAGCUACAUGAUCCGAGAAGGAGACCCACUUGAUCGGGUGAUUUUCAUCACACACGGCACAGCUUGGGCAUACACAAACAAUGCUAGUGAUCAUAAUGAGGCCUUGAAUGUGAGCAGUAGUACAAGUAAUAGCAGAACGAGACGCCUCAAGAAAUGUGAUUUUUUUGGAGAAGAGCUGUUGGAGUGGUCAAGAACUCAAUCUCACAUCAUUCAUUUUCCCAUUGCGACCAUCAAUGUCAAGUCCCACACCAAGGUUGAAGCCUUCUCUCUUAUGGCCAACGACUUGUUAAAUAUAGUGAAGAAGAACCAUAGGUUCUUCAGGCGGAAUAUCCCCACCAAUCCACAACGGCAGGAGACCUCGGUGCAGUUGGAUAAUGAUGAUGAUGUAAAGUCACAGAGUUCCAAGUAUCAGCGCUUGCACAAAUAGUGGUAUAUAUAUUUAUAUAUAUACUAGGUAAAAGUAAUGGGCAAAAUGCACCUUUGCUUAGCUUUAAAGUUAGAAAUAUGCUUAUUAAAAUAUGUAUUUAUUUUUAUUAUUUUUUAAUUAUAUGUUUAAUAUAGUUUAUGACAUAAAUGUAUUAAAAAAUUAGGGCAAAAUAUUGUCUAUAAUUUUAAUAAAAACCAAUUUUUUUUUCAAU